CUCUCUCUCUCUCUACCAUUCAAAUUCUCCGGCCACCGAACCGCGAGACCGGACCUCGAGCGACCGAUCGCCAAGCAGACCGGUUCUUCAACCUCUCGGCGGUUCGCACGAGCCCCCUCGCCGGCCGUCGGCCAUCGCGAGCCGACCGCGCGUUGUCUUCUCCUCGCCGUCGGCGGCGGCUCUCUGUCUUGGUAGGUAUAAAUGGCAUCGGCAGAAACUGCAGGUACUGAAAGAGGGCCAUUACCAACCAAUGGUGCUCCAAGGAAGCCGCGGAUAUUGCUGGCCGCUAGUGGAAGCGUGGCUGCAAUCAAGUUUGCGAACCUGUGUCAUUGUUUCUCUGAGUGGGCCGAAGUGAAAGCAGUUGCCACUAAGGCUUCUUUACAUUUCAUUGAUAGAGCAUCACUGCCCAGGGAUGUAGUCCUUUACACUGAUGAGGAUGAAUGGUCAAGUUGGAGUAAAAUAGGGGACAGCGUCCUUCACAUUGAGCUGCGCCGAUGGGCUGAUAUCAUGAUCAUUGCUCCACUAUCAGCGAAUACGCUGGGCAAGAUUGCAGGAGGCUUGUGUGACAAUCUCCUAACAUGCAUCGUUCGAGCAUGGGACUACACCAAGCCCAUCUUUGUCGCACCAGCUAUGAACACUUUCAUGUGGAACAACCCCUUCACAGAGCGGCACCUUAUGACAGUUGAUGAGCUUGGAAUUUCUCUGAUUCCUCCUGUAUCAAAGAGGCUGGCUUGUGGUGACUACGGAAAUGGGGCAAUGGCCGAACCUUCGCACAUCUACUCGACCGUGAGACUUUUCUAUGAGUCUCGAGUUCAAGCAGGCAGCAGUAACUUUUAGAAAGCAUGUGUAUGUUUUAAGAAGUGACGGGGACACUCACCUAAUCCGGCAGGCAUUAUCACUCUUUCUUUUUGACAUAUGUUCAACUAGCAGGAUAACGCUGAUUCAAGACUGAGGUUUAUCUGAUAACUGGGCCAAAUUUUCGGUUUGGUUGUCUAAUUUUACUAAUCACCUAUGUAACUCAAGCAUCUGUUGUAUAAACUCUGAGUUGGUUUGGCAUCAUUGGCUGCUGCUGUUGGUAAUCCGACUGAAGUUCAACUUCCCAAA